AUGUCUUUCCCGAGUGAGUCCGGACGGGGCCUGGGCUCGCUUCACGCGUCCACGAGCAGGCGUAAUCCGGGUGGCGAUGGCGGAUUGGACCUUGACGUCGGCGAGGCCACCAUCGAUCUGACCCCGCAGGAGCAGAUGCAGUUCAUCCACAACCUCACGAAGGCGAACGCCAACAUGAAGAUGAAGGUGUUUUACGCGGAGAAGCGCAUAGAGGAGCUGACCGUGGCCACCGGACUGGACGAGGAUCAGCUGAAGGGUCUCGACAACAUGGUAAAGAACAACAUCGAGCAGUCCGUGAAGAUCGAGGAGCUCCAGACGGAGGUGAACGAGAGGAACGAAAUCAUCGGCACCUGCAACAAGCACAUCGCGUCGCUGGAGCGCGAGGUGGAGGAACUGCGGCGAAGCGGAGAGCUCACCGCGGCAGAGAGGGAGAGCCAGACCCAGGCCGCAGCCAUCGAGGCCGCCACCGCUGCGGCCACGGUCGCCGAGGUGUUGAAGGAGCUGCAGGAUCUACAGCUGGACCAUUCCUCCCUGAUGGAGCGCGCGGCGAACGCAGAGGCGGAGCUCUCGUCGACACGCGAAAAGGUCAGAGCGCUCGAAGCCGACCUCGCCACCCAAAGGGCGGAAUCGCGCGCCAGCCUUCAGCGUUCCAUGGUCGCGGUGGCGUCCCAGCAGGCGGCCGAAGAAGAGAUCGUGCUCCUCAGGAACCGUCUCAACGCCGCGAUAUACAAGGCGGAUGAGGCGGCGGCGGACCGCGAGGUGGCCCUCGCUCGGGAGGCGGCGGUUCGAGAGGAACUGGGCGCGAGGGAGGCCAUCGCCGCGGGAUCGCUCGAGGCGAAGGUCCAGGCCAUGAUGGACGCCGAGGUGAGGCGCAGGGACGAGCACGCCAGGGCGUUGGAUGCGGCGAGGGCCGAGGUUCUCGCGGCGAGGGAGGAGACGGCGGCGGCGGAACGGGCCACCGAGACAGCGAGGGCCGGUCGGCGUCAGGCAGCCGUGGACGUCGAACGGCUCGAGGCUCAGUGCGCGAGGGAGGUGCAGGCUGCGAACGAAUCCAGGGAGAAGGCGAUGAGGGACGUCCGGUCCGCGAUGGAAGAGAACGAGCGCAAGUUGCAAGAGUCGGCGCGAAACGCCGAAGAUGCCGUCGCCCGCGCUCAGGCACACGCUAAGGAGGAGAUUGAACUGCUCAAAAAGCGUUUCGACGUCGACCUCGCUCAGGCGCGUCAGCGCGCGGAGAGGACCGCUGAUGAGACCGUCAGAAAGGCUCUGGAGCGCUCGGACGAGAAGCUCGCGUUGGCCGUGCAAGCAAAAGAGGCUGCCUCGGCUGUCAACAAGGCCCUAAAGGAAGAGCUUCUGGAGGCGCGCUCAUCGCAGGCUGAGGCUGAGAUGGCUCUGGCCACCGCGAACGCGACUUGCGCUGCGUUGGAGCAGGAAGUGAUGGCCGCUCACACCGCAUCUCCUGUCGACGGCGAAUCUCUUGCGAAGCAUAUCGCGGAUCUCACGGAAAAGGCAAACUAUGCCGCGCUUCUACGGGAUGAAGCUGUGACCGAGCUGGAGCGAGUCACGGAGGCUCUCGUUAAAGAGCGUGGUCGCGCCGCCGAGCUCGACGUGGAGUACGAGAGGUGCGUUGUCGCGGCUGAGGCCCUGCGCGCCGAGGAGCACCGAAUGGGCAUGGAGCACAUGACAAGGUUGGAGGCGCUUCAACAGGCUGAGGAGAAACUGGAUGCCGACAUUAGGGAGUUUGAAGCUAACCGUGCGGAGCAGCAGCGUCGACUGGACGAGCAGCGGGCCCGACUCGAUGACGUCGUUCGACGGACGGAGAUGUUGGAGUCGACAAUCAAGCCUUUGCCGACCGGUGCAGAGGGUCAGGAAGGGCCCGAUCUGGUUGAGAUGCGCGAGCGCCUCAAUGCUGCGGCGACGGCCUUGUCGAUUUCCAAGGAACAUGCCGAUGCGGCGUCCAAGACGCGUGAUGAAGCAGUGGCCGACAUGAAUAAGCUUCGUGAACAGCUCGCCAACACGAAAGCCGCCCUGGAGUCGGCUCGCGCCGAUGCGGACAAGGCUUCGAUUGCCCGCGCCAAGCGGGAGGCUGGAGAGGAGGUGCUUCGUCUGAGGAAUUCGGCAGCUGCAGUCGAGACUGCAUCGCUCAAGGAGCGCAUAUCCGCGCUCGAAGCAGAGGUGGAGACGCUUCAGGGCGACCUCAAGGAAGCUCGUGAGAGCGCCGGAAAGGCUGUCGUGUUGAGGCCCGUGAUUCGGGAGGAUGCACCAGACCUGGUCACGGCGCCUUCAAAAUCAUCCCCUCCCACUGCUCCAGAAAAUGCAUCCGUGAAGGAUCGUGCCCGCUGGUUUCAAGAGAAGGCGAUAGAGAAGACGCCGGGCUCUAAGUCUGUGGUCAGCGAGACCGAAUCCACCGCAUUCUUUACGCCGCAGCGGGGCUUCGACGACGAGGAACACGCAGAACAGCUCGCCGCCCUGAGGAGAACUGUCCAUGAUCUUGAGGCUCAGCUGGCUGAUGCCACCGCAGAGGUCAAAGACCGCGACAGACGUCUCAAAUCCGCCGAGGCGGACCUCGGCGAUACCACCGCGGCGGUCACCGAGCUCGGCGCCCGGGUAGCGAAGAGGGAGCAGGAGCUGGUCGCCAAGCAUAAGCAGCAAGUGAGUGAGCUUGAGCAGGCGCGCGUCGCAGCAGAGAAACUCGUGGAGGCGACGCAGAACAAAGCCAACUCCCGCAUCGAAGAGCUCAUCGAGCAACUUUCGCUGAAGGAAGCCGAGGUUGAGGCUAUGGCGCAGCAGCAGCGGCAGCUCAAGGAACAGUUCACCACGCCACAAAAGGCGGCCAAUCCGCUUUUCACCGGCCAAUCGAUCACCACUUCUGAGAAGAUUGCACCCGCAAUGGUGGCUUUCCAGUCACCCCCGGUGGCAACUCCCGCGUCUUUGCAGACAGAUGUGAUGCUCGAGAAGGGCAUUCUUGAGGCACAGCUCUCUGAAGCCAAGGAUACGAUCCGAAAACUGAAAAUUGAGUCGCAACUUGCGAAGGAUGCCAUGACUGAGGCCCGUUUCAGAGCUGAGUUGGCCAAAUCCUCGCCGGAAAUAUCACGAGUUGCUAGCGACGACAAUAUUGCAAGAAAUGAUGCGGAAUGGAGGGCAAAACUGUCUGAAGUAAAGUCCAAAGCGGCCGCCAUGGAAGUUCGUCUUCGAGAACAGCUGGAUGAAGCGCUUGAAAAUUUGGUUGUCCAGGAGCGCGAAGCCGAGACGAAUCUGCGCAAGCAGCUCACUGCAGCAAGACAGAAGACGGCCGCUCAGGUUGCUGAGGCCGAGGAGGAGUUCGAGACUCGCAUGGCUCAGGCGAACAAGAAGAUCAAGAGGUUAGAGAACGAGUUGAGAGAGACUAAGGCUGAGCUUGAAGCAUCCGGACCUGGUCUGCGGGCAGCUGCCCCAUCACCUGUGCAGGCAGAACCAAAGCCUGCAGAGGAAAUCAGCAAUGAACUCGAGACUGAGCUCAGACACAGCUUAAACAAGGCCGAAGCCCGCAUUUUUGAGCUUACAUCGGAGGUUGAGGUGGCCGAGGAGCGCUCGCGCAAAGCUAAUGAGCUGCUUAUAGUGGAAAACUCGCAGUUGGAGCUCGAUCUGAUUGAGGCUCGCGAGGAACUCUCAUCACUGGAUGAGGAGUGGAAGCUAAAGUUGGCCACCGCAAAUGCAAAGGCAAAGGCAGUGGAAUCUCGACUUCAGUCUCGACUGGCCGAGGCCGAAGACAACGGUAAAGACCUCGUUGAGGCAGAGUGGAAAGAGAAGUUCGCAGCGUUCAAGACCAAGGCAACUGCUGACGAGGCAAUACUUCAGGAACAGCUGGAUGAAGCGAAGGAUACAAUCUUAUCCAUGGAGCAGAACUUCGAGAGAAGGUUCAAGACACAAUUGUCGGCUGCAAAGCAAAAGGCAGCCAUCGAACAAGCCGAGCUCGCGGCUAAGCUCGACGAAGCUGAGAAUAAACUUGCUGCAAUCGACGUUGAGUGGAGGGCAAAAAUGUCCGAGGCCAAGACAACUGCAGCAGCCACCGAAGCAGGUCUCCGCGCUCAGCUUGCCGAGAUUGAGGAAAAUUCUCUCGCUGCGGAGUCUGUGGCAGGUGCCAGUGAGGCGGAAAACAAGCUGAGGGCUGAGCUUGUGAUGGCUCGACAGAAGGCCGCCGUCGAAAUAGUCGACCUAAAGGCUUCCUUGGUGGCCGCUCAAGAGGAAAUAGUUGCCCUGAAGUUUGCCGAACAAAACCACCGAGCCGCGCUGGAGCGAACAGAGCAGCGAAUGCACACUGUUGUCGAUGAAGCUUUACAACGCGCUUCGGAAUCGGAAGAGAUGAUGAAGGCGCAGAUGCAAACUGCUCUCGAUAAGUCAUCUGCGGCUAAGAUCGAUCUUCAGCUUCAGCUCAAGAAGGCGGUGAUGAAGGCAGAAUCAGACGAGGCAGAACACGCAUCCCAGCUGGAAGACCUCGCGUCCAGGCACGCGGCAAAGGAGGCAGAUUUCAAGACCCGCCUUCGAGCCACCGAAGACAGGUUCCAUGCCCAGCUGCAGCUGGCCGAGGAUCAGCUCCAGGCGACGCAGAACGAGUGGCGGGCCAAGCUGUCUGAGGCCAAGUCCAAGGCGGCAGCUGCGGAGGCUCUGCUGAGGUCCCAACUCGCUGCCAAGGAGGAAAACUCCAUGGCUGAUGUCAUAGCAAGGGCCGAGGAAUCCGAGGCCCAGCUCAGGGCGCAACUUCUCGACGUCAAGCAGCAGGCUUCGUCGGAACGAUCCCGACUUGUGACUCAGAUGGCGGAGGUUGAGGAGAAGGUGGGUGCCAUCGAAGCCCAGUGCAGGCUACAGGUUUCGGAUGCCAAGGCGAAAGCAGCGGAGGCGGAGACAAAACUUGCAAAACACAUCGAGGAGGCUCAAGAUGCUAGGGCUGAGAUCAGCACACUUAAGGACGAUCUGGUCAAGGCGGCUGUCCUCGAGGCGAAGCUUAGGGCGCAAAUCGACGAUGAGCAGAAGCAAAACAGAGACUUGAACGCCAAGUUGACCCAUGCACAGACCAGUUCUUCCUCCAGCGAGGGCGAAAUGAAAGCAAAGCUACUUGCCGCAAAGAUGGUUGAAGCUGAGCUCAGAGAUAGCCUGAGUACCGCUCAGAGUCGCGUGAAUCAGCUUGUGCUUCAGGUGGAUACCGCAGAUAGCAGGGCAAGAUCAACUUCCGCCGUCGCCGCAGAUGAGCUCGAAGUCAUGACCAGGAGGGCGAUGGAGGCAGAGGAUUCUGCCGCUGCGGCGAGCGCCAACGUGGAAUCAUUACACUUGGAGCUCAUGGAGCUCAAGAAAACCCACGGUGAUGAAAUUAACGAACUUCACAGACGGCUUCAAGAAGCCAUUGAUAUUGGGGCUGAAGCAGAGACCAAGGUGGAGGAGCCCGGAUCACCGACUCCCGCAGUGUCAAAGAUGGACUCGGAUGUGCUUGCUCAGCUCCUCGAGGCAAGCAUGUCACGUGAGGCUGAUCUGCGCGCCAAGCUCGAGGACUCUGCUGCCGCGAAGGAGGAAAUCGCAAGCUCGACUGAGGCUAGAGAGCUUCGUGCGCAGCUCGAUUCGGUCAGGGAUAUGGUAGCUUCGCUGCAGUUAGGAGUGCAAGCUCGGGACAAGGCAACCACCGAGGCAAUGACCCCGGAUGGAAAGGGAAUUUCGAGGAGCUCGCCUGCGAAGACUCCCGAACUGGCGGCGUCCAGAGCGACCGUUAAUUCGCUCACAUCGCUACUCGAGACCGCAUCCAUCCGUGAGGGUGAGCUUCGCGCGCAGCUCCACUCCGCGAAUCAGCGCGUGCAAGACCUGGAACGCGAGAAGCACGAGCAGGAUCUUGUCGCGCAGACCCAGCUUGAGACUAUCCAGCAACAAUUACAACAACUGCAGCCGCAGAGGGACCAAACACUGGACGAAGAAGCCGCGGCGCAGGUUUCGACCAUGGCGGUCGUCACGGGCCCUGCUCGCGCUCCUCGUGCGUACAACCCGAUGUGGGGCGGCUUCCCUGGUUAUGUCCAUCCCAUGCUCAGUGCCCCAGCUCCUGCCGAAGGCACUGCUGUCGGGGCGUUGGCGGCAGCGCUGGAGGCUGCGGGUGAACGCGAGGGCGAGCUCAAGGUGAAGUUGGCAGAGUCUCAGGCUAGCGCAGCCGCCGCCGCGAUCAAGCUGGCAGACGCCAUCGCCAUCGCUCGUGCCGAGGUUGAGGAUAGUGUCAAGGAGCGCGUGAUGGCACUUGAAACCGAGGUAAGGAAUCUGAGUGCAGAGCUCGAGGAGAAGGCUAAUGCUGCACAAACGUUUAAGGCUUCGCUAAACGAUCUGCAGGACAAGAACGCCAUACUCGAGCAAGAACGCAUGUCAGCGAAGGCGCGUGUGAGAGAGCUAGAAGCUCGAAUGUUGAUCGAUGCGGCAAAUGCAGAGGCAAAACUGAAAAUUGUCCUUGGCGACGUUGAGGCUGCCAAGGCUGAGACUGAGACUGUGAGGGGCGAAGCUAAGCACAAGAUUGAGGCAAACUGGGAUCAGGCUAACCGUUCCGUAGCCAUGGCCCAAGAAGACGCUAAGAAAGACCGUGAUGCUAUCGUGGAGAAGGAGACCGAGCUCAUAGCCGCCAGGGAGUUGAUUGCGGCUUUGGAGCAACGAGAGGCUGAGGUGCUUGAGCGUGUUGCUGCACUUGAAUUGCAGCUUUCAUCCGCUCAGACGCAGCUGAAAUCCACCGAGACGCAGCUGAAAUCCACCGAGACGCAGCUGAAGGAAUCACAGGACAGAGAGAGCAUCGCCACACAGGCUGAUGAGGUUCUUCGUGAGGAUCUGAACAAGGCUGAAGCUCGCGUGACAGCGCUCCUGCAGGAGCUCGAGGCAACCCGUGCUGCUGCGAUGGAAUCCUCUCGCGCGGCAAAGUCGGCAUCUGCCAGAGCUGAGUCAAUGGCCGUCGCCCUCGCGUCGGCUAAAUCGGGCAGUAGCAGCGAUAUGAAGCUCGCGACGGCCGAGGCGCGUGUGACAGCUUUGGAGGUUGAGCUCAGAUGCUAAUAA